UCUCAAAUGGAACCACCCUAAAUCCAGCACCCCGUAAUCACCCACUGAUAACGAUACGCAUUCUCCCCCGUUCUUCGUAGAAACUCGGGACACGGUGGUGACAAUCAGCAGCCCCCGUUGAAGAUAGGCACGCCAUGCCAUGCAGAGAGGGAGAGCUAGCACGCUCUUCUAGCACUGACUGGGCACAAAAGAACGAACGACGAACGGUGAGCGCAAAUGCGGUCCAAUGGAUACGCGAUUUGAUAAGGAUCUGCCUGCCACCUAGAAGCUUCCUGCCGCCCUCUUCUCACCAAGAAGCGAUACCUAUAGGGAGAAGUCCAAGGAGAAGUGACAUUCGGGGGUUUCGUCGCCGCUCUCGAUGAAUAUAGCAGUGGACCGUCUUGGUCGUUCUGUACGUACGACGCUGUGUUGGUUAGUGGACGCAAAAAUCCCUUUUCUGGUGGCACCAGCUGCGGCUGUGAAGCACUACUGAGUUACCCAGUUCCGUAUUUGUCUAUUCAUCCGUUCCAUCACCGGUCUACGGGGGACGACGUUCGCGCGGCUGGUGGUUGUUUGGUGGCCGUGUCAAAGUGUGAUCCAACAAGUGGUACCAACCGCGAGAAGCGACAGAGGCGACAGAAAAAGCCCAACCGCGUGAAACAUAUGUUACACUGGUGGUUCGCGAAAAUUGCCGUAAUUUGUGAUAAGUGAAAGUGUUUUACGAGAUAGUGCUGAUAGAAUCGCAUAUGGUGGAGGUCAACGGAUCGGUUCAACACCUACUCGGAACGGAAAGUACAAAUGUGAACUACAGUUCGUGGAGAAUCAGGAUUACAGUGUGAAAGGUGUCAAGGAUUAUUGAAAAAGUUAAUUUUACAAGAAGAAUAAAGUGUGAUCGUACUAAAAUGUGUAUUUUUACAAAAAUGGGCUUGUCAAGUGUUGUGUCGCCAACAGUUGGCAUAGUGGGCCUUUAAGGUGAGAAGCAUCCCAACACAUCCCAGAAACUGUGCCCAGUUCCAGUUAAGCCAAGCAUCCCAGUUAGAAUCUCCGACUACGAAAGCCCGCACAAGAUAAAAGCACAAGCAGGAAAAGAGACCAGUCUCGCGUGUGCAGGAGGCCUAACAGAUCUAAAACAGUUAUAAACGAAUUCUUGUUUUCUGUGUCACUUCUUCAUCUGUGCGUUCGUGUGUUCUGCGCGCGCGAUCUUCCUACCAAUCAUCGUCUUCAUCAUCGCCAUCGCCACCGCCGCAGCGCAGAAGAGCAGAGCCAAACCAAGAUUGUCGGUCUCCAUAGUGAAGUGAACCUAGAAGAGGGAAGCGAAGCGAAAAGACGGCGGAGGAAGAAAGAAAAAAAAAACCGUAAGCUCAAGAGCGAAACGCAACUCCAAGAGCAGUGGUGGAAGAGAUAUAAUAAAAUCGAGAAAAAUUAGGACACUGUCGUGUGUUCUUUCCUACCUCCUCCCUUCUGGGCCUUGCGGGAUUUGUACAUGAGUGUUGGACAACGAGUUGUCCGAAGGUUUUCCUAGUGACGCGCAUAGCGGAAGAAGUACAAAACACUGAAACAUUUUCCCUAAAUAAUUUUUCGCGUGUGCCGGGGAAAUCCAAUUCCAGCAGCAAUCAUAUUUGGAACGCGAUAAUGACCCAACCGAUGAAAACGAGUGGCAAUACUAUGGUAAAUAGUAUUGGGAAUAGCAUUGGGAACAGUAUCGGAAACAGUAUUGUCGGUGUCGGUGUCGGUGGUGGACACAUCGGAAACAGUCUAGUGCAAGUGGCGACCAAUCUAACGAACGGAAACGGCGGCGGCGGCAACGGAAUGUUGGUCACCAGCAACGGCCCUAGUGGCAACAACAACGGCAACAACAUGAACAGCAACACACCGAACCAGCAACCGCCGGGAACGCCGACCAGCGGAAACUGCCAGAGCAUCAGAUAUUGCUGGGAAGCUGACAAAGUGAAAACUCUAAUUCGACUACGGGCAGAACUGUCACCGCUCUUCACCGGCAAACGAAAUGCAUCGAAAUACGCGUGGGCGGUCGUCGAACGAGAACUCAGUGUGCCUUUACCGAUUUCAAAAAUUAUCAAAAAAUGGAACAAUCUCCUGCAAGAGUACAAGGCCAUCAAAAUGUCAGAGGAACCGAAGCGCCGAGAGUGGCCAUUCUUCAACCUGAUGGACGUGUACUUUAGCGAUCAGGUGAACGACCCGACCCUACGCCUAUUCUCGUCGACCAAGCGGUUCGACUCGGAUACCCUGGAUGACGCCCAGUUCGACGACGAGAUCAUGAACUCGACGGCUGCGGCGGCCAUUGCUGCAGCCGCGGCCGCAUCAGCCGCCGCUGCCAACGCCCACAGUCAACAGAAGAUCAAGAACGAACUGAUCCAUGGUCACAGCGGUGGUAGCAUGUUGGAUAUCUCGGACAUCAUCGAGGAUCACCUGGGCAGUGGGGACUCCAAAUUGGACCAGUUCAAGCGGGAAAUUGUUCUCAGUCAGUUCAGCAACGUUUCAGAGCGGAGUAACAGUAACAGUCGGAAAGAAAAGAACAACAACAAUAGUAACAAUAACAACAACAACAGCAACAACAAUAACAACAUAAGCGCAAACACAAACGGCAACAUCAACAACAACGGCAACUGCUACAGGGAAAAGGAAAAGCAGCUAAUCGAGAGCCUAAGUCAUAGUCCUAGCACGGUUCACUUAAGCAGUGCGACCAGCAACACAGCCAGUGCAGACACCAGCAGUGUGAACAGCAGUCCCACCAGUCAUGUCAGCAGUACCAACGGUGCUGUUCCCAAAAUGACGAACGGUCCCUCGUCACAUGCGAACUUCAACGCCCUGCUGGCGGCGGCCACCAGCACACAGAACGGCAGCACGCUGAACAGUAAUAGCAGCGCAAUCAGCAGCACCGACCGGGAUACGGACUACGAUGACUACCCGAACGACAGGGACAGCAUGUACGAGGGCGGCACCACCAACCUGAAGAACCUCAACCAGAAGCUGCUGCAUCAGAUGAACGAACAUCACAACAUUGACCAGUACUUGCUGUCUUGGCGCGGUUUCCAUGGGAACAUGUGCAAGGGAUUCCACAGCUUGCAGCGGGACGGCCAGAUGGUGGACGUUACGAUCGCCGCCGGUGGUAAGAUCUUCAAGGCGCACAAGCUGGUCCUGUCGGUGUGCAGUCCGUACUUCCAGAAGAUCUUCCUGGAGCACCCGUCGCAGCAUCCGAUCCUGUUCAUGACCGAUGUCAACGCGCAUCACAUGGCCGGGCUGCUGGACUUCAUGUAUAGUGGACAGGUGAACGUCAAAUACGAGGACCUGCCCAACUUCCUGAAGGUGGCGGAGGCCCUGCAAGUCAAGGGCUUACACGGCGAGAGCACCAAUGACGCCGAGGAGCGUGACUACCAGCAGCAGCAACAACAGCACGCUCUGCGUCUGCAGGAACAGCAGCGCCUCUAUCAGCAACAGCAGCAAAACAUGGCCCAGCACCAGCAAAACUUGGCGCAACAGCGUCAGCAGCUCAUCCAGGCAGCCCAGCAGCAAGCGCAAGCCGUUGCCCACGCUCAGCAACAGCAGGCCGUGCAACAGGCUCAGCAGGCUGCGGCUGCGGCCGCCGCUGCCCAGCAACAGCAACUAGCCAACCGGAACAGCUUCAAGGAGCUCAUGAAGGCCAAGCAUGCUGCCGCUGCUGCAGUACUGAACGAAGACUACCUGAACAACAAUGCCAACAAUAUGCAGAACAACAACAAUAACAACUCCCACGUGACCAACGCCAACCUGAACAAUAACCUCAACUCCAUGAACAACAACAACCUCUCGCAGUUCGGCGUCCACCAGAUAAACCCUUCGAAGAAGAUGCUCGACAGCCAGAAGUAUCAGAAGUACUACUCGAAACGGAAACUGGUCCAGCAGUACGAACAGGAAAUGCGAGCGGAAAAACGGAAACUUGGAAUCGAGGACGUGAUCCAGGCAGCGGCAGCGGCAAAGGCAUUGAAUCUUCGGCUCAACAACGGUGGCAUGACCAGCCCGGUUAGCGUGGUUGCACCCUCAACGCCUACUCCGAAUCCACCGGAAACACCCACCAACGGGCACUCGAGUGGCACCGACGAAGAACAACCACCGCUGAUACAGAACAUCAAAUCCGAACCGAACUACGACGAGGACGAAGGCAUGGAAGUGGAUCACGAUCACAACUCGGCACCCAAUAACAACAACAACAACAACCACAGCAUCAACAACAAUAACAACAACAACAACCACGAGGAAGACUACUACAGUCAGCGCGACUCGGUCAUCGGAAAGUCCAUGAAACAUUCCAUCCUGGAGCCAAAUAUAGUAUUAAAGCAAAGCGACGAGUGUCUCAGCACCAACAACCAGACGGGUAGUCUCAAUCUGUGCAAGAAUGUUAGUUAGGGCCGUGGGUCCGGUUGGCAUGGAACCGGAACGGCUACGGCGGAAGAAAGAACAACAAUGGGAGCAGCAACAACAACAACAACGGUGUGGCGUGAGUGGGAAUGAGUGAAUGCGAGAAGUGAUGGAAUGAGUUGUGAUCGAACGAGUAAUGCGAGUGAGGUACACACCCUUAUACAUAUUAGGAACGUGUAAAAAUAUUUAUAUUUAUUUAUUUUGUUGACUUUGUUGGCGAAGAGCAAACGACUGCCGAUCGGUUUUGUACAUAGUUUUUUUUUUCUAAUUGUUGGUCGGUUAAGUUCUCAGCAAUUUUUCAUCAUAUUUUGCGUUACGUAAAUUAUUUUGACAUCAGUGAUUAGUGAGUAGCCGAAUCGUGGUUUUGUCGAUUCGGAUUUGUUUUCGAGGUGUUUUGAUUUGCAUCGUGUGGGGAUUUUACACUGAAACAAAAAAAAAGUAUAAUACUUAGCAAUUAGCACUCUUUCCUGUAGCUUUUUCUCUCGAGGUACUGACAAGGAUUAUGUUAAUUUAUUCGAUUCGUUUUACGAGCUGCCCCAAUUUUUUUGUUAUUGUUUUUUUAUCAUUUCAACCCCGUAUUUUGUUGUUUAUUUUUGUUGCGAAUAAAACAGGAACAUCUAUUUGAACAUAACCUCAUUUUGUUUUAAUCAUAAGCAGUAGUCGCUUUAAGGUGAACGUUUGUGUGAGUGUGUAAAUGCUAUAGGUUAGCUUAAGCGAGAGAUGAGUGUGAUUAUGGGAGCUGAAGAAGGAAAAUGAAAAUCAGAAAUUGAUCUGCGAAAAUGAUUGAUUUUUCUCACCUGAUUAUUUGUGAUCUAUGUUUGCUAUGUGUAGUUAAAAAAAAUAAAAGAUGCUGGGCGUCGUUUGACAGAUUCGGUAGUCAACGCUCCUGAGAAGAAAACAUAAACAUGUCGAAAAUGGCGACUCAAAAUAACACAGUUAAAACGAAACACGUAAAAUUAACGGUAUGUAAAAGCUCAGGUCAUUACUAAUCUAGUUCUCGUUGCUUGAGAGAUGGUUUAUUAGCGAAAAUUGUUUUGACAGACGCGUGUAGCAAUCAUUCGUUUUUGUUGGUUAUUGAAAAGUUCUAUUUAGUCCUAAUUGUUUUGAAACGCUAUGCAGCGGCGCUUCGGGAAUUGCGGAGUAACUUAAGUUAAAAAGUACAGAAUCCAUCCACUUAUCACUCACCCGAUUAUUUUUUAUAUAUUUCGGCUUGUUUCGAAGAGUUCUCUUAGUUCGAUCUUUGGUUUGACACUUCAGGCAAAACAAGAAUGAUCCUGCCACUGCUACAUGAACUAACAAGAUGGACAAACGUCAAACCUUAUAAAGUACCGACUGCCAACUAAUACGCAAGAACAGUGGCAUCUAUUGUGCAAUUAACCAGUUUAAAUGUUGUUGUGAAAGAAAAGAAAACAAAUACAAAAUUAACCCUAGCCUAACCGAUUAAUCAAUGCGAUGGAAAUCGAUGUUUUACAAUCUGUCUAUGCAACACUUCCCAACACUGGGAUGCAAUUAUGCAGAACUGUGAAGGUUCUCAGAUUUUUCUUACAUUUAGUUGAUCCCUUUCCCAAUUAAUUUUAGUUAUUAGAGUUUGUUAAGAGUUUUCCUUUCUUUCGGGUUUAUUUAUUUAUUUAUCAACUCCACCUUUCUUUCAACUUUUCUCCUGUUUUACUUAAUGGUGUCUGAGUGGUCUCCUUUCUUUUACCUCUUCAUUAGUUUUCACACGUUUCUGUAGUGUAAAACAACGUUCUUAGAGUUUAGUGAAAUUUUUGUUUUCGUUACAAAAAUUAGCCGAAAAGAGAUGCAACACAAGAUUCAUAUACAUAUACAUAUAGCAAAAUGAGUGUAAUUUAAACGUUGCUUAGUAUAAGUGAAGAAUAGAUAAAUCAUAGACUUACAUCCACAUACACAGAAAAACAAGGAAUGCAAAACUGUGGAAACAAACAUAUACUUAUAUGAGUGUUAGAUUUUUAUAGAAAUAUUGAUAUUUACAAUACAAAAAGAAGUAAAAACAGACAUGUGAAUUACAAUAACGAAGCACCGCAAAUGCGAUGGCAGAACGACUCACGUAAAAAGGAAGAACUUCAAAAUCAUACACGCAUACCUUACCUAAAACAGAAGAUAAGCGGAACUUGCAAGACGCGGAAAAGGACAACUAAAUUAUACUAAGUAUACACUGUAAGGGAAUUAAAAAGAUACAAUAAUUUUAGGAAGCAUCCCACAAAACUCAACAAAGUGAAAACUGAGUUACUAAGUGAAACUAAAUUAUACCUACUAACAUAAAACAACAAACAAGAACAACUAUUUAUGUCCAUGUGUAAUAAAUAUGUGCAAACGCAAACAUAAGCAAAACAUUACAAAACAAAUAAUGCUAUCGUUGCACGUGGGCAGCAGCAGCAGCAUCCCGAAAUAAAAACGGGAAAAUAUAUUUCUAUAUUUGUAUUGUGUAGCGUUCAGAACGCAAAUGUUGUAAAACACAAGAGACAAGACAAAUACAAACACAAUUACAUACACACAAAAAAACAGACACGCUUCCCCGCCCCGUCCCGCCAAGAUCCCAGUGAUGAUGAUCAGUGGAUGCUCUCGCGCCGCCAGAACGUGCCGAACUAAUAGUAAAAUAAAAACAGACAAUAGAAGCAUAUUACCUACUAAUCCAACAAUAAACAGACAC